AUGGAUGUCGAUUCAUCUGAUAUUAUCCAACAAACAAAUUCUACUCCAAAUAGAGAAUAUUCAACAAUAUCAAAAGCAAUUGGUGGAUUUACAUCAACACAUAUGUUACCUGUUUCUAAUAUCGUUCGACCUGUAUAUAUAAAUACACCAGGAAGUAUUUCAGAAAAAGAACAAAGUUGGAGAUCAAAAUUUCCCAAAAUGCCAGUUCUUAUUUUAUCAAUAAUAGAAUUUAUUUUAACAAUAAUAAUAUUUAUUAUUGAAAUUGCAUCAAUGGUUGUUCUUUCUAAUGAUGGCGCAACAGGUGCUGGAAUUUGGUGUGCUAUUCCAUUUUUAUUUGCAACUAUUUGCGCAUUUUUACUUGUUGAAAGGAAAAGUCGAUCGCGAAUCUGGUCAACUCGAACUUUAAUAACACAAUUGAUUUUAAUUCUAUUUACUUUUAUUCUUAUUUCAAUAACUGGUCAUUAUAUUGAAAAUAAUUCCGCAUUUGUAACAGCAUUAUCACCUAAUUCUUAUCAAGUUAAAUAUCAUUUAAUGCAAGCACAAUUAGCAUCUGCUGUUCUUUUAAUGUUUUCAGGAUUAACUUAUAUUCUCAUUUAUAUUUCUAUUAGUUAUAUUGCUUUAUGGCAACCAUUUCAUACACUUGAUAUUAAUGAUCAUUCGAAACAAAUUAUUCAUUUCGAAUAA